AUGAGCAAAAUGGUUCUUAUAUUUGUUUUUUUGGAACUAAUCCAGACACUUGCUUUUGAGAACAAGCAAUUUAUCACUCUGUUUGUAACAUACAAGUGUUCUGCUUUGAUGAAUGCACUUGACACUAUUUUCUCAGAAAACAAGAAGCUUUUGUGCUACUCGCAUAUGCUGAACAGUGUGAAAAAAGCUUUCUCUGAGAAAACAAACUUCAUUGCCAAGAAAAAAGAGCUUAUGAAUUAUGUAAGCCGCACGAUCCAUAGUAGAACUAAGAUGAAGUUCAACUUGGCUCUCCUAAAGAUCAACAAUGCUUGUACUAGACUAGAAAUAGAUGAUAACAAGGCCAGAGCGCUGGCAUAA